UACUGUUAUUAAUCUAUUAUUUUAUUUGAUAAAAAUAAUUGUAUAAACACCUAAACACAAUUUCAUAUUUUUCAUAUUUUUAAUCUAUACCUAUUUUAUUAGUGGUGUGACGUGAGACGUGACCUUUAGUCAAUACGGUGUAAGGUUAGUUAUUAUAACUCAAAACGUAUUUGAAAUACGAUAUUUAUACAUAGUAUAUACCAGCUGUGACUUGCCUAAAAUAUGUUUAACUCAUUAACUGUUAAUAAAUAUAAAUUAUAAAUGUAUAUGUAUCAUAUAUUAGGUUUAGUUUAGUUGUAUAGGUAUAGGUACCAGGCGUAUCAUUUGAGGAGUUUUAUACUGCAGGGUGUGUCUAAUUUGCGCCUAUUUUUUGUAAAACACAUUCUUUGGCCCGCUAAAAAUAAAACCAAAGCACUAUUAUGUGCUUUAAUAAUCUGUUGUAUUUUUUUACUCUUAAAAUAUCUUUUCGCAGUAGUUUAACAAGUGCCAACUAUCAAGAUAAAAUUGAUAACCUGAGACGGUCGUCAGUAAUAAGUAAUAACUAACAACUAUUAGAUAACUAAUAAGUAAUAUAUUUCACUUUAAAGAACAAAUAAUAAUAAAAAUACAAUUUUCAGUAGUAUUAUAUUGUCAUUUAUACUGCGUAAUUACAAUCAAACGGAGAAUGAACUGAAUCAUAAUCGUUAAACUGAGAUGAUAAGUAAUCACUAACUAAUAAUUGUAAGUCUACAAGUUACAUAAGAAGUAAAUUUUUCCAAGUACUACAACCAGAAUCAUGGCAUUGAAAUAUUAAAAUUUAUAUUUGUUUCUCAAAUAAAAUAUUAAAAUACUAAUAUAAAAUAAUAUUGCCAUAUUAACCUUCGUGCACUUUCAUUAGUUAUCUGUGAAAUUAAUUUGCAUUACAUUGUCAUUUUCUUGUUGACAUAAAAUUUAAUUGUAAGUUACUCAGCAAUUUUUGAAAAAGUGUGUCAUUGAAUCAUAUGAUCGAUUGCGGCGUCAAAUAAUUUUAAGUAUUGAUCAUUUCAGCUUUGUUCGGUUUCAAUUACUUUAGUUAAUUUUAAAUAGCUGGUAGGUAACUGAAGAUAAACAAAUAUGGCAAUCAUGAAGAAUAAGACUCCCAAAAAAUGUCAGUACAAACAAAUCCCAGCCAAUCCGAUCAGAUUAAUAUUUGAAAUAUUGUUGUGCGUUCUACUUAUAAUACCGGCUGUUCUAUGGGCAACAAUACAACUAUUUUAUAAAUCUCCACGAAAAAACAUAAACGGACAAGUGGUUUUGGUUACCGGAGCAGCUCGAGGCUUAGGCCGCGAGCUUUGCUUGAGGUUCCACAGGUUGGGCGCCAAAGUUGCUUGCGUUGACGUCGACGGCGAAGGGUGCGCAGAGACGGCGAUGGCGAUCAAUCAUCACGGCGGAAUGGCCAAAGGUUACAAAGUGGACGUUACCGACCGGAAGCAAAUCAAGGUCAUGCACGAGACCGUCGUAAAAGAACUGGGCCCCGUGGACAUAGUGGUGAACAACGCAGGCAUCGUAUUGGCCCACAUGUACGUUAAUCCCGAAUCUGAUCAACUUAUCGAGGACCUGAUCAACGUCAAUCUCUUGGGACAGAUUUGGAUCAAUAGGGAAUUACUGCCCUCGAUGUUGGAAAGAAAUCACGGACAAAUUGUUGCGAUAUCGUCCAUGUCGUCGAUGAGUGGAUUGUCUGGAAUAUCUACUUACACGGCCGCCAAAUGGGCGACAAAUGGCAUGAUGGAGAGUUUGCAUAACGAACUGAGAGCAUUGAAAUCGGCCGUCGUGUCGACGACGGUGUGUCCGUACUUUAUAGAGACAAAUCCGGAAAUAUCUAAACAUUUAGAGCUCAGACUACCAGAAAUGCCCACAUCUUUUGUUGGUGAAAUCGUUAUGAAUGGUAUACUAGAAAAUCGAAGAAUUUUUUCAGUUCCAAAUCACUUCAUGCUUCCCGUUCAACUUGUGAGGACAUUACCUGAUAACUUACAGUGGUUAAUCAACAAAGUAUUCUAUGUAAAUAUCAUAGGAUUCCCGAAAGAUGUAGAAUUGAUGAACAGAUAUCGUCAGUAAAAAUGUUGAAGAAAACAAAUAGUAAUAAAGAUAGAUAUUUGUGUAAUACUGUUAUCUGCAGUGAGAAAAACGACUUAUAGUCGCACCUGUAUAUAGUGUUGACUCAGUACCUACCUAAUGUAAUUUGAGUUUUAUAAUAAAGGUGCCUAAAUUAAA